AUAAACAUUAUCAAAAGUGUGUAUAAAGUUCAAAAAAAGCAUGUAAAAUAUCUAAAAUAAUCUACUGAGUAGGUAGAUGCAAUUUAAAGUAAUAAAAUGCAAUUUUAUAAAGCGAAAGUGGCAGAUAUCCUGCGAUCAAAUCAACGAGAUGAGUUAUUUAUUAUGAAUUUAGAACAACAAAUUCAUUCGUUUCUGAAUUUAUUAAAUUCAAGAAAUCAUCCUGCACUAAAUACAUCAGUACCGAUGAUUGCCAGUAUUUGGUAUUAUUUCAUGACCUCGUUAGCUAGAAUACAAACUUUAGGAGAGGAAUAUACUGGUACUAUAAGGGUAACUCGUGAGAAACGGAUACCUACUAAAAAGUUAGGGAUAAUAUGGUUGGCAUUCCACGUAGGAGGUGAACCGAUGUUGGAUCGUUUUUUAAAUUACUCAAGAAAAGCAGUUUCCUCAUCCCAAUUACAAAACAACGCUAAAUCCUUUCUAUUAAAAUGCAUCGAGAUAUUAAAAGAGGAAAAAACAACAGUAAAGAGAAUCCACAAUGCAUUGUUCUACAUUAACGGAAAAUACUACAAUAUUUCAAACAGAAUUACUGGAAUACAAUACGUACUACUACGAGAAUGGCUACAAGAUGACACCUUCACAGGCAGCUUCAAAUUACUCGGAAAUCUAUCGUUAUUUUACGUUUUGUUAAACAUCGUUUUCAAACUCAUCUCCCCGAACAACAAAUACGAGGUCGUAGACGAUACGAAAUUGAACGUUUCCUCAAAGGGCUGCGUGCUUUGCAGCGACAACAUCAAAUCCCCUUGUUGUACACCAUGCGGGCACGUUUUCUGUUGGAACUGCAUUUUUGAGAGUUUGCGAUACCAAAAGAGCUGUCCCAUUUGCAGGGAAGAAAUCAACAGAAGUCGAAUCAUAUUUUUACAGAAUUUUGUAUAAUGCUAUAUUUUUAAAGAUAUAUAUUUUGUUUUCAGUUUUAC